AUGCCUCCUCGUCUCACCUCUUCUCUGCGCUUGCCUAUUCUUCGCCGCUUGUAUUCAACAGCCGCAGAUUCAGGCCCCCUCGUUCGUGUAACGAACCUCCCUGCCCCUGGGUCGGGCCAUAUUCGUGUCCUCGAGCUCAACCGUCCUUCUGCUCGCAAUGCUCUUUCUCGUUCGCUUGUAGCUGCAAUCCGCGCCGAGCUUGAUGACAUCCACCAGCAAUAUACACCUGAGGGUGAUGAGACGCCGCAUGCUAUGGCGACAAGCAAUGGACCGACAAGAGCCUUGGUUCUUGCCAGUGCCAUAGACAAGUCAUUCUGCGCCGGCGCAGAUCUGAAGGAACGCAAAACGUUCACCCAGAAGGAAACCGCCGAAUUUCUCUCUAACGUCCGCGGCACCUUUAACUCCAUUUCUGCCCUUCCUAUCCCCUCCAUCUGCGCCAUCUCUUCAAUCGCCCUCGGUGGUGGCCUCGAACUCGCUCUUACAACUGACUUCCGCGUUCUCUCGUCUAACGCCGUAAUCGGUCUCCCUGAAACCCGCCUGGGCAUUAUCCCCGGCGGCGGCGGCUGUCAUCGUCUUCCCCCUCUAAUUGGUCCCUCACGCGCUCGCGACGUUAUCUUAACUGGCCGCCGCGUCCCUGCCCCUGAGGCCUACUUCCUCGGCAUGGCGAAUAGGCUGGUUGAGGUACAACAGCCAGAAGAGGUGCCUGAGGGUGGUGAGAAGGAGGAUGUGCUGUCUUUGGCCAGGAAGGCGGCAUUGAGUGAGGCUGUGAGAUUUGCACAGGAGAUUUGUGAAGGAGCGCCAGUUGCAAUCAGGGCUAGUUUAGAGGCAGCAAGGUGGGCGAGAGAAGAUAAGGAGAAUCAGAUGUCUGCGCGUGUCGUAGUUACGGAGGAUAGGAACGAGGCGCUUAGAGCAUUUGCUGAGAAGAGGAAACCAGUCUUCAAGGGGUACUAG